UUGGUACCGAUUGUAUAAAUGUUAAAUAAGUCGAAGACGUUAUCGCAUGAUAUUUACUUUUCAAUAGAGCAUUUUCAAUGACAGAAUUUCGAAUAGCGUAUUUUAUUUUAGUUAUGCUGAUGAUUUGGUCGGACACGAACUUAGUCGUAUAAAACAAGACGUUCUGUAUUCCUUUGACUUUUAUUUCGUUUCUCGAGUCAAUCAGUCAAUCGAUUAUCUUAGUAGCCUGUGUCCAAAGAUUAUUCCGUCUACUGCGUAACUCUUUCUGCAAAUCAUCGCUAGGUGAACACCUCAAGUACUUAAUGCAUUUUCAUGAGUUCGUAGUUCAUGGAGACACGAAAGUCAUACGCAUUCAUAACACACCGUUCGUGAAGAAAGACAGCUCCACUUUGCGGCUUCAAUUCGUCUGAUUUAGCAAUUGUGCAGUGACUUCCAAGUAACACUACGGGAAAAAAAUGCGUAUUCCUCGUUAAAACAUAUAAUCGCAAAUUGCCUCUCAACGUAUCUACUACUUUCGAAUCAGUGUCAUCACUAUAAUGGACGUCUACACUAUCGAUGAAGUUGCCAGUCACAAUAACGCCAAGGAUCUAUGGAUCGUGAUAAACGGUGGAGUCUAUAAUAUCACCAAGUUCCACAAGGAACAUCCUGGCGGCGAGGAAGUGCUGCUGAAAUUAGCGGGGCAAGAUGCGACAGAAAGUUUCGAGGCAAUCGGCCACAGUAAGGAGGCGAUUAUUUUUCGUGAGAAUUUCAAAAUCGGAGAGAUAACGGAUAGUGUAAGCUCCGAUAAUAAAACGAAAACGACAAAUACAGAAGUAAAAGAACCAGUGGAGGAAGAUUGGCAGUAUCAAGAAUCGGAACAAACGACGUUCUGGUCCUCGACAUUCAUGUGGUUCUCUUUCAUAAUUUAUGCUAUUAUAAUUUAUUAUUGGAUGAGAAAACUAGGAUUUAUGAGCGCAAUUUUUUAAUUUUAACAUAACGCUAAAAUAUGCAAAAUAUGCAAUGUUAUGUAUAAUCCAUUCGAAGCUAUUAAGUUAUUGUUCUUGCACAACUAUUUUAAUGGAUACACAUUUACUUGAAAAUUUGUUAUUUAAUGCUUACAAGAGGAAUAAGAAUAUAUAUAUAAAUAUAUACUGAA